AUGCUCGAAUCCUUCCGCCUCGAUGCGUCGCCCCAGAAAAGACCGUCAGUACAAACCGAGAGCCCACAAGCACUCAAGGCUCAUCUGGGCGUAAGUGCGAAGGGCAGUUUCGACGAUGCACGGUCUCGGCCGAAUCCUGCCGACGGCGAGGUACCCGCGGCGAGGUACGUGACGGUGUCUGCAAUCCUGUCCCGCUCCGAAGUCUACUUUCCUGCGGGCUCUCGGCACGCCGACAUCCUCAGAGACACGCUGGGCGAGGGCCAACGAGCGAUCCCUCCGACAUCUCGCGGGCCUAGCGACGGGCUCGUUCAGCCCGACGCUGCCAGCUUCGGGGUUCGCCGGCGCGGAUCACGAAAGGCGCCCAGCAACGGAAGCGCACUCGAGGCCCUGGGGGCGCUGCUGCUCCACAGAGACAGUUCUGGCAGGGUCUCGGGCCUCAGCCUCACCAAGGAGGGCGAGACGCAGGCUGGAUCAGGGUUGCCCGCGCCCCAAAGGAGCGUCGUCCAAAGCUGGACGCAAGCCCUCAACGAGAUCAGCAAGCUGCGCCCCGCCUUUGCCUUGUCUGCGGCCAACCGCGACGGACCUGACCAGAUCGCUGGACGGGGUACUAUCGCAGAACGGCGGGCGAGGAAAUGGGGAAGCAUGCUGCUGCGUCAGGGCGGCGCAGCGGUGUCGGAGAGUGACAGCCCUCAGGCCGGGUACAGGACGGUGCGAAGCGGUCGCAGUGGUCUCAGCUUCGAGGUCGGGAUGCCCGCCGGCUCGUCACCGGAGCAGGCCGCCUCGGACGAUGGCUAUCGCGAUCGUUCUGGGCCGCGAGGUCCGGCACAGCGCAUGAGCGGGUCCCUUCCCGGCACGAUUCUGCUCAAAGCGGGCAAGAGACCCGAUUUCGGGAGGAGAAACUUUUCCGAGUACGGCCCAGGAUCGUCCUUCAACGCCGAAAGCCUGCCCGAGGCACCGCCAAGUCCCGUGGACAUGCCUGGCGCCUGGCAUGGUGGCUCUUCUUGGAGGGCCAAGCCGGGAGAGGGCUUUGAAGAAGGCGCGCUGCUCCUCCCGCCGCCACUGCUCGAUGAUCAAGGAAGCGAUCCGCACACCUUCGAAGGUCUCCUCGGCGUCCGACGUAUGCGCGAGCAGGCCAAAGCACGGAAGCAGAUGGAACGCCUCAAGGCUCGCAACCGGCCCACUCACAAAGUGGGACCCUUGGUGGCUCUGCUCAACUUUGUCAGAGCCGCACAUGCCGCCGAGAAGCAGUCGCAGGCUGGCAAGACGAGGCCCGAACGCCUUACGCGGAGCAUGUCGGAGCCAGACACGAUACGCCAAGUCGGAGGAUUGAACGCCAUCAACGGGGAAAUCGAGCCAGUCGCGGGGCUGCCGUCCGAAGUCGCUCACGCAGCUGAACAAGGGCCCCGCGAGUCAGUGAAAUCCGUGCCGACUGCCCUUGGUGUCGGUCCUGAGGCAAACGCCGGCAGCGAUCGACUUGCUAUGGGAGCGAUGUCGAUGUCCGACAUCGGCGACGGCCACCUUGCCGAGCCCAAUGCAUCGAGGCCGCAGGCAGCGCUCACGGCGUCCCCCGGUCUGCAAGCGGCCCGUCGACGGCAAGCGAGCCUGUCGAGGAGAGGAUCCCUUACCAAUCCAGUCGACACCACCGGCAGGCAGCUCAACACCGUCUUUGAGUCCGGAGUUUUCGACCCGGUCAUUGCGCAUGAAUCGCGCAGCAUGUCGCCCCGACUGGCGUACGCGGCAUCGCCUUCCAUGGGACCCUCGUCUCAGGCCUCAUCGGUCUCGGGCCACGAUCUGCCGUCGGCGCCGAGGCUGCUGCCCAUCCAGCUGUCGCUUCCGCCUUCGCCCUUCACGCCCCUCGGCGUCGAUCAUCGCUCGCAGAGUCGAGACUGGCGCUCCAGCAGCAGCAGCAGUCUUGCGUCCGACUACUGGUCAGCGAGGCCCAUCCCGCACGCGCAUGCACCGCAGACCCCACGGCUCGGCCCCACGAUACUGAGCGUGCCGCCGUCGCCCUGGACUCCACACCAAGGAAGCUGCGCCGAGGUCAUGUAUCAGCUGCACUUCAACACGAGCAGCUCCUCGCUCAGGGCGCCCGGCACGCCCCGCCUGAUACCCACGCAUCUCGAGGUGCUGCCCUCGCCCUUCCCGACUCCAGCAGCCUCCCGGCGGGGCUCAGUCGGCGGCGAGAGGCGCACCUCGACGUGGGUCUCCGCUCCUGACGUCACCCCCGAUGCGGCCCUUGUCAUGCCGGCGAUGAGUCCGAGCAAGGCUUCGGCCGAUGCCACCAAGGAGACGGCCCCGAGGUCCAUGGAUGCAUCGGAGCAGGGCCCGCCCGAAGUUGCAGGUCUCAAAACGGCCAAUGGACAGGCGCUCCGGCUUCGCCGGGCGAAGGGCGUUCGCGAGGCCCUCGAGACCGAUACUUCGCGCCUGACGCCUUCGGCCCUACUGCGAGACUACCCGGAGUCGGGCUCGUCGACGCCGACCGUCGCUGACCGGGCGGAUGCCUCGCAAGCCGCAGGAUUCCCCCCGCCAGCUCUCGAACCGCUGUCAGCAUCACCACCAGCGCCAAGCGGAGAUCAAGAGGCGUCUGUCCCGCGGCAGCGGUCCUUCUUGCUAUGGUUCUUGGUCGGCGACCUAGGGCUGAAGGACACCAGGUCAGCUGGAUCUCGCCAGCAAGAGGAAGUCGGCGGAGUCGCCGGACUCCUCGUCCACAUCUUUGGCUUUACGGUGUUUUGCCUGGCCCACCUCGUCGACCUCAUCUGGCAGAUGGCCGAACAUGUGGCGCUUGCCUUUUGGUUCGCGCGAUGGCUCCUCAUGAACUUGACGGGGCAGACGGUGCUGUCGCGCUGCGUGCUCGAAGCCUACCGCCUGAUCCAGGCCGAGUGGGCGACGGUGGCCGAGGAGGACCACGAGGCGCGCGGGUCCAAGAAGCGACACCGGGUCGACGCCGAGGCAAAGGCCCGCGGUCUCAGCCGAUGGCAGGUGGCCAGGGGCCUCUUUGAGCUUUUCUGCCUCCAGAGCGUCACCAGAGAGCGUUACCUCCAAGAGGGAGCGGGACUCGUCAAGCUCGAAGCGUGGUCGAAGCACUCGCGCCUCGGCACGCCGGCUGCCGAUGGCUCUCUAGGAUCCGGCCGCCUAGACAUCGGUGCUCAGAAGGCUGCAGCGCGUGCUGCCAUUGAGCAGGCGACGUGGGCGGCAUCGCAAGUCGAGAGCGGAGACGACGAUGACGACGACCGCGAUGGCGACGACGACGACGACGACGACGACAGCAGCGACGAGGAAAUGAUUGUCACGAACCGAGGCCACGACAUUCUCGAGUUCUCCAAGACGCCACGGCUCGAUCCCGUCAGGCCAUCGCAGCCGCGCAAGCACAGCGGCUACUUUGGCACUUCGUAUCCCGCCACGGCUUCACCCGCCCUGCGGUCGUCAGCGAGCGAUGUCGCGAGCGAGCUCAAAGCGCUCCGCGAGAGCCCUCGCGAGCUGGUCAAGACGAUCAAGUGGGCCAGCCGGCUGGCCAUCUCGGCGUACGGCCUGCACGUUCACAUCGUGGACCUGCCUCCGACCUUCACGCCCUCGGGAAACCGCUUCUCGAGGCAGACUUUCGCCUAUCUGUCGCGCCUCGACGCGGAAGACGUGCUGCACGCCGACAUCCAGACGCUCGAUGUCGAGGCCAACUACAGCCCGACAUUCUACAUCGUCCGCGACUACGUCCGCAGAGUGGUCUGCGUCGCGGUGCGCGGAACGCAGAGCUUCUCCGACAUCAUCGUCGACCUCGAGAUGCGGACCGAGGAGGUCGAGCUUCCUCAGGUGCAGCCGGCGCCGGGCGAGGAGUUCCGGUGCCAUGCCGGAAUCUGGCGGGCGGCGCGAGCGCUCGUCUCGCCCGACUCGAAGCUGUUCGAGAAGCUCCGCCUGGCGCUCGAGGAAAACGAGGAUUUCGGCGUCAUCUUCUGCGGCCACAGCCUGGGCGGGGCCAUUGCCAGCGCGGCGGCGCUGCUGCUGGGCGAGUACCGCGUUCCCGAUGGCGCCGACCGCGACCAGGGCAGCUGGUUCACCAACAUGUCGAGCGGACUACCGGCGCACCGGCCGAUCCGGGCCAUCAGCUUCGCCAACCCGGUCACCAUGACGGCGGACCUGGCCAGCCGCGCGGCGAUGGGCUCGAUCCCGCUGGUGACGAGCGUGGUGUUGGGCAGCGACGUCAUCCCACGAGCGGGCCACGGCCAGGUGCGCGAGAUCCGCCGAGUGCUGGGAGCGCUGUCGCGGGUGCGGCGGAGGCUCGCCAUCUCGUCUUCGCCCGACGACGGCGAUGCCCGGGUGCACAUCGUGCGCAGCUUCUGGGACUGGCGGUCCAUCUGCCAGUCGACGAACCCGGACGACGUGAUGCUGCACCGCAAGGAGCGCAUCGAGGAGCAGCUGUGGUCGCUGCGGCGCGAGGUCGAGUCGGAGCUGUACGCGGCGGUCAAGUCGCGACUCGACGAAGCCGGCGAAUCCGCCAGCGUGGGGGCGACGGGCUCAGAUGGCGGCGGUGGCGGUGGCGGUGGCGGGGGCGGGGCGGUCCUCGGUCGGUCCUCGGUAUCCGCCCUCGCCCAGCGCGAGGCGGCACCGCCGCACCAGCUGGCGGCCAGGCGGCAGGCGCUCGACUCGGCCACGCUGCGCAGCGAGGCUGCCCAGGGCGGCCCGCUGAUCCCGCCCGGCCGCUGCUUUUGGAUCGAGGGGCGCGACAUCCACCUCGUCACGAGCCCGCUCUCGUUCUUCAGCCUGCCCGAGUUCCGCCUCGACAUGUUUGCCAUGCACUUCCCCGCCGCCUACGAGGAGGCCAUCCUCAACCUCCGCCGCUGA